UCUGUAUCAAAAUGUGAUAUUGCUGUCAACGCAGUUAGCUUACACUUCAUAGUGCAACAACGAACUUUAGCGCUCAACAUUCUGUUCGAAAUUUAUCUGAAUCUUUCGCAAUAUCCAACUAUAAUAUGUCAAGGAUUUCAAAACCAGACAAUCAUGUGGGUAAGGCCACAACUCGCAAAGUUGUACGGAACCCAAAAUGUGCUAGAUGUAGGAACCACGGAUUCGUCGUGCAACUGAAGGGACACGCGGGGAAGUGCCCGUUUUCUCCCUGCGACUGUUGGAAAUGUUCGCUUAUCACAGAGAGAACGAAAAUAAUGGCGAUACAGAGACGCAUGGGGAAAAAUCAAAAUGAUGAGUCCUUGUCAAACGUCAGAAGUAGCCUAAAAGAGACGCAGCCACAAGCCAGUUCUGGUGCAGAGAUCAUCGAUGUAACGUUAAUUAAUGAUCCAGCAAACGUGUCUGUCAAUGACAGCGGACCCCACCACGAUUCCACGACUGGACACCGGGCGAGUACGAUCCAAAGGACGCCACCGGCUCGACGAAUCGAGGCAGACGGUAAGACGUACGCCGAGCUGGUUCCAGUGAAGUCCCUAAACGAAGGAACAACCAAAAGCAGCGAAUUGCGAGAGCAAAAGGCCCAACAAUCGGCUCUCCAACGUGGCGGCCAUGCUGGAGUAGAAUUUAACCGGGAAGGCGUGCAGUAUGGCGUCCCUCCUCUGUGGAACGCAAUGCAAGACGACAGAAGUACGGCACACUUCAAUGGUGACUACAUUAUAGCAGCGGUUGCGCAGCGGGACGUGUACUCCAGCGAAUUCAUGACCUUGCCAUUUCCGAUUAAGUUCUACUCCCCCUACCCCAACAGCUAUGGGUGCCCGGCCAUUCUCCUGAACGUGCCGCCGCCCCCUGCUUCUGGGGCCUAUAAUGAUCCCCAAAUGAGUUUUCCCAGCUUUCACCCCAGCACUGUACCCUAUUCCCCAGACUCCGGACCUUCACAGGAGUACCAAGUCCCCUUCCUCAAUCCUUUGCCAGUGUCAGCUCGUUCUCUGGGCCCACAGGAAGAGCUCGCCCUCAGUCACCCCUCUUACCUUCCCACCCUCCACAAGCACAGAGGACUGGGAGGAGGUGACCACGAGCAUGGGAACUGAAUGUGAUCUGCACAGAAGACCAGUCAACUUCUCUGGAAACUGAUGACCUGUAGUAUCCGUAUGUUUGCAGUGCAGCACUGUAAUGCACAAACAAAUCAAAAUUAGUGUUACAAAUCGGAAAUGUAAGUUUAUGUCUAAAAUGACGGUGGAAACCUGUUUUUGCUUUUUUCAAGCUUCCCUAUGAAGCCUUUGAACUUGAAUUGCAAACUAAGGAAACGACUGUCUACAUUUCAACUUCACCAGAAAUUUUCAUCAAAAAACGGCAAGCGUAUAAAAUGUGAAUGUCAAGCUGGGCUGAAAAAAAAAUUCUCACUCAUCAUUUGAAAUGAAAUCAAUGUUUACCCAAAUGUUUAGAGAGAAAAAACAAAUUGGCGUAAAAUGUAAAGAAAAUAAAAAUAAAUUACCAAUAGGAUAUUGGAAUAUUUUUUUUAAUUCACUAUUUAAUUGAAAGUGAUAUUUUUUAAAAAGUACUCUUGUUAGCCUUUAUAUGAUUUACAUAGUGGCUGUCGGGUUGUUCACAGUAAUACCCUUCAAACAACCAACAGCUUCACUUUGACUUGGUAUAAUAGCCUCUUAAAGACUACAGUAUAUCAGAUCGUAUCACGUGUACUUCAGCCACAAGUUUUAUAUUGUCCAUGAUAUAUACCCUAUGAUGGGUCUGUUGUUGGAAGCAGUGUCAACCUUUGGAUGUGUCGCAAAUGCAAUCCUCUAGUUAAUUGUUCAUGUUCAGAUGUGUCAUGUUCUUGUACAGUGUAGCAUCAGAGUGACUUGCAUGGUUCAGACUCUUAAAUUCAAUACAGGACUGUUUAACCUGUAGUAAGACAAUCCAGCUUCUGGAUGUUUCUGUGUUUUUCUGCCUUUGUU